UAUUAAAUAUAUAUUGUAAUUUUCUAGAAAAGGUUACUGCGGCCGCGUUUCAUUUUAGAUAUUUUCGUAUAUUGGACAAUUAGAGCAAUGUCUGUGCUUGAGAAGGAACAGGCCACUGUAAUUGAUGAUACAGAACUAUUAACAUGUAACAUAACUGGUACAGAAACCAUACAAUCACACACUGAGUUUAUUAUCAGAGUACAACGGGGACCUUUAAAAGAAAACUCCUGGCAGUUACGAAGGCGAUACAAUGAUUUUGUUGUUCUUCAUGAAACGCUCAAAAUUGCGGGAGUUGACCUACCUCUUCCACCAAAGAAACUUCUCGGAAAUAUGGAGCGAGAAUUCAUCGCUGCGAGACAGAACGGUUUACAAGUGUUACUUGAAUCUGUUUUAAGUCACCCUGGUCUCGCCGCGUGUGAUACUGUUAAAAAGUUCCUGGACCCAAAUAACUACAACUUCAACCAAACAGAACUUUCUCUUCAAUACGUUUCAAUGUUUUUACGCUCGGAACCUCACUGGGAGGUUGUGGAACCUUUGAAAGAACUUGGUUGGAGGUUAAAGAAGAGUUUCUUCCUCAUUAAACCAAAAGAUCAACCAAAACAAAGACUCCUCUUGUCAUGGAUUGAAUAUGGACCAAGUAGAUUACUCAGCAGUAAAGACCAAGCAGCAAUAAUGAAGUUACUUCCAAAUAUGCAGCACCCAUCACUAUAUCCUGUGAACGUUGCAUUAGCAAAUGAAAAUGGAGCAUUGAUUAUUAGAGGUUUUCAUAAGGAAGGGUCCUUAAGGGAUAUGCUUUGCAAGACAAAACCGAGCAAAGCAUCUUAUUUGCGAAGAUAUUGCAACCCAAAAGUUGUUUCAUGUUUCACAUUAAGUGAAAUAAAACAAUAUGGACGACAGAUAUUGGAGGUGGUCAAGUUCCUCCAUGAUAAGGGGUUGGCAUUUCAUCACUUACACGCAGGCAAUAUCCUGAUUGAAAAAGAAGUUUGUAAGUUGAUUGACAUUGAAAACUAUAUGCUGGGAAUCCCCCCAUACUAUAAACAGUUCUACAGCCAGUUUCGAAAAAUUCAUAGUUCUGAGUCCAUAGAUGUUUACAGUUUUGGUCACUUGUUAUAUGAGAUGGUGUAUGGACGUCAGUUGAACAAAGCAACAAUUGAUUCGCUUCCAAUGAGCAGUCCUGCCGAAAUUCGUUCUGUGCUUGAAUCCAUACUUAGUGUCGAAGCUUGUAAAAAUGGUUUACCAACACUCGAGGCACUGUUGAGCCACCCGCUGUUCGCUGACGAAAUGGUAACGACUGUCGGUAUCAAACCACAGCUUAAGAUUCCGAGCAAAUUAAAAGAAACUUUCCGUCAGUAUAAAGAAGCUAUGGAGAGAAAACUGAAGGAUGAACAGAAAGUGAUAAGCCAAACAAGAAGAUUAUCAAAAGUGAAAGCUCACCAUAGUUCUGAUAGUGAACGAAGACGGAGGAAAUUAGAAGCAAGAAAAAAAUCACAAAUGAAGUUGGAUAUUGUGGAAGAAUCACCAGAUAAAAGUGGAGAUGGUCUAACCCCCACCACCCCAGCAUCAACCACAAGUUCCACUACAACACCAGCAUCGAACACUUAAAAGCAGUUUCAGGGAUUCCGCCAGCAUCCCCGGCCCCAGCUGUACCCCCACCACCUCCUCCUCCAAUGGCAAACGGUGGAAGCACCCCUGCAGUAGCCCCCCCAACAGCGGGGGCUGGACGUGGGGCUCUACUUGGCUCCAUCCAAGGCUUUAGUAAAGCAAGUCUCAAGAAAUCGGUGACAGUCGACAAAUCUGGUCCGAAAGUGUGAGCUCACCGCAUGGUGGCAGUAGCGAGUCGAACGAGCUGAUUUUAAAUUUGAUUUUUUCCGAAAAAAAUCGAAGUUUUAUCGAAUUUUCCCACUUAUCACCAUUUCAUAUUUUGUUCAAAUUUAACGGCAUGCAAAAAAGUAAUUUCGAGUUCAUUUCAUUUGUGAUUUCUUUAUCUUAUAUUCGUGUGGAAAUGCAAUAUACAACAUAACCCUCUCGUGCAAUAAACACCUAUGAUAUCGAA